AUGGAGCACUUGCCAGCCCCUGCGACACUAGAAGUCGAUGUCUCUUUCGAAGGGAUCAACAAAAUGGUAGAAACGUGGCGUAUCUUCAGAGAAAGAUUUGAAGUGUACAUGGUUGCAACUGGUGGGUCAACCAAAGCCGUGGCAGUACAGCGAGCCGUACUCAAGCACCUACUUGGAGUAGAUGGUCGGAAGAUUUUCGACACAUUUCCGGGAAUCGAAGAAGGAACGAUGAAUGAAGCUAUACUUGAAAAGUUCACGAGACACUUCGAUGACCUAGCCGCGCCAAAUAAAACAUUCCAACGCCAUGUUUUCCGAAAUAUAACACAGGGACAGCAACAGUUCAAUGAUUUUUUGAAAGAAGUCAAAGAUACAGCAAAGAAAUGUGACUUUGGUGACCGCAUAAACCAAAAUAUCUGUGACCAGUUAAUUUUCGGUAUCGAAGAUCAGACCUUGAAGAAAAAGAUUCUGGCAACUAAGGAUCUUGACGCAGAUAGGGUAACAGCGAUGUGUCGAACGCAUGAGAUGGUAACCAAGCAGAUUGCCGAGAUGGACAAGACAACGACUGAUAAAGAAAAAGAAAAAGACGUGGAUUCCGUGGCGACAGGAAACAAGAAACGUGGAGCGUCAUCAUCACGUGGAGCAUCGUCAUCACGUGGACGAGCACGAAAUCGCCAACCUCGAAGUGGAAAUUCUGCGCAAAAGGAUGAUCGUGACAAAAGCUGUGAUCGUUGUGGUCUUGUGCAUCGUGUACCAAACAGGUGCCCCGCGUUUAAGAAAACCUGUGGUAAAUGUGGCAAAUUAAAUCAUUUUCGAGUGAAAUGUCAUCAAAAAGAUGUAGCAGAAAUGUCUGAUCGCAGUCAUGGUGCCGGUUCAAAUUCAGAUUUGACUGGAUUCGUGGAGACGUUGUUCACACAUGAAGUGAGCUACAAGUCCAAUGGCCGAAAAUUGAAAUCAAGUGUUAGUAACAAUCAAUGCUUCGUGACCGCAUGGUUGAAUGGCAAGCAAAAGGUCAAGUUUAAAGUUGACACAGGGUCACAGGUGAACUUGAUUCCUGCGCAUGUGCAUAAAUCCUUGAAACUGAGUGCUAAAUUAAUGCGAGCUGAUGCUAAGUUAUUCUCUUACACUGGAGAAAAGAUUGCCCUCGUUGGAAAAUGUCGAGUGAAAGUACGUGAUAAAGAACUUGAUUUCUUUGUUACUGAGGGUAACCGCAUACCCAUCCUGGGAUUUCCUGCGUUGUGCGAUUUGAACGUUGUCACCAUAAAUACUGUUGACAUUGAAAAGGAGGACAAACCUGAUGAACAUGAGUUGUACCGUGAAUACCGUGAUGUUUUCAGUACUAAGCUAGAUGGACUGAAUGCGCCAAAAGUUGAAAUCAAGUUAAAGGACCCAAAGCCAAAACAAAAUCCGCCGCGAAGAAUUCCGUUUGCGCUGAUAAAACGUAUAAAACGUGAGUUGAACAAAAUGCUGAAAGAAGGCAUUAUUUCUAAAGUUGAGAAAGCCACAGACUGGAUAAAUUCGAUGGUCGUGGUGGAAAAGCCAAAUAAAGAGCUGAGAAUUUGUUUAGAUCCGAGAAACUUGAACAAAUAUAUCGUGACUGAUCAUUUCAGAAUCCCGACACAAGAAGAACUUGCUUCAAAGUUAUCUGGCUCAAAGUACUUUGCGAAACUAGACGCAAAAGCUUCUUUCUGGCAAAUUUUGCUUGAGGAGGAAAGCUCGAUCCUCACAACUUUUUCAACUCCAUUCGGGAAUUUCAAAUUCAACAGGCUCCCAUAUGGACUUAAACUUAGCAGUCCGGUGUAUCAGAAAUAUAUGACCGAUAUGUUCAGUCAUUUAGUCGGUGUAGAAGUGUACAUAGACGAUAUUUUGAUUCAUGCCGCAGACAAGGAAACGCUGAAGAAACGAGUGAGAGAAGUUCUGGAAGUAUGCCGAGAAAAGAACUUGAAACCAAACUGGCAGAAAUGUGUACUUGAAGAAACCGAAGUAAAGUACAUAGGUCUUCUGUUUGAUUAG